AUAGUGCCUGGCCUGCAAUCCCAAACCCCGGGGCCUCGGGGGCCCGCCCCUGAGUGGCGCGUGGCGGGGAGCUGUCCUCCUUAGAGCGGUGGCCGGGCCGGCGGCGACUUGUGGUUAGAGCCCCGGGAAGACGGAGCGGCCUCCACGAAGCCAAGCCGUCCGAGGUAACCUAGAAGUGGCUUCCGCUUCGGCGCCGGCUCCGGAGCCCCCGAGAGACGCCGGCCGGUGGUGUUUCCGAGCCGGGCGACAGGACUGUCUGGGGCGAGGCCCGCCGUCAGGCUCGUGAGGCCGCUCUCUCCAACGUUUGUGCGGGUGGCGCCCAGGGCCGCCCGGCGGGAGCCCGCUCGGACACUGCCCGCAGGAAGAAGAUCCUUUUAUUGAUUUUGUUCCAGACCAGACUGGGCCUCAGUUGUCAGAGGUAGUGCUGGAGGUGUGUCCAAUACAGGAGCAGAAUUGUUCCUCGAGAAGAAUGAUGACCAUAGAUCUGAAGGUGGCUGAGUACUUGAACCCUCAGAUCAGGACUCUGUGGGAGACCAAGGGACCUGUGACAGGGAGCUCCAGUCACAUUAAGAAAUAUGCCCCCCAAACGGACAGUCUCAGUCCUGAGAGGUCUCACCAGCACUUCCGGAGCUUCCUCUAUCAUGAAGCAGCUGGACCCCGGGAGGCUGUUGACCAGCUUCUGGAAUUAUGCCGUCGGUGGCUGAGGCCAGAGAUUCAUUCAAAAGAGCAGAUCUUGGAACUUGUGGUGCUAGAGCAGUUCCUGUCCAUUCUGCCCAGGGACACCCAAACCUGCAUAAAGAAGCACCAUCUACGGAGCAUUGAGGAGGCUGUGGUCCUGGUAGAACACUUGCAGAGGGAAUCUGGUCAAAUGAGGAAUGGGGUUGCAGACCAUGAGCUGGGAAAGGAGGCAGUGCUCUUGGGAGAAACAGCAGAGGCCCUAGGCUUCAAGCUGAAGCCAGCAGAGGCCCAGCAAGUGGGCAUGUCCCAGGAUGAAGAAUUUUGGAGUAUGCACCAGAAUCUACAAGAGUUGCUGAUCAGGAAUACCCACAAAGAAACUGAGCCCGUACAUGAGAGGGAAAUGAGCCUAGGAUAUUCAGAAACAGAAGCGAGAGAGAUUUCCUGUGGCUCUCCUUCACCCACAGCGGUGUCUGCUCACCGGAUCCUAGCCUUUCCUGAGCAGACAAACACCAAAGACUGGACAGUGGCACCUGAGCUCAUCUUGACUGAGUCCCAGAGCUUAUUGACAUUUGAAGAAGUGGCCAUGUAUUUUUCCCAAGAAGAAUGGGAGUUACUGGAUCCCACUCAGAAGGCCCUCUACAAUGAUGUAAUGCAAGAAAACUAUGAGACUGUCAUCUCUCUAGAACUGAGCCUAGGAUGUUCAAAGACAGAAGGGAGAGAAAUUUCCUCUCACUCUUCCACAGCGGUGCCUGCUCACCAGAUCCUAGCCUUUCCUGAGCAGACAAAUGCCAAAGACUGGACAGUGGCACCUGAGCUCAUCUUGCCUGAGUCCCAGAGCUUGUUGACAUUUGAAGAAGUGGCCAUGUAUUUUUCCAAGGAAGAAUGGGAGUUACUGGAUCCCACUCAGAAGGCCCUCUACAGUGAUGUAAUGCAAGAAAACUAUGAGACUGUCAUCUCUCUAGCAUUAUUUGUGCUCCCCAAACCUAAAGUGAUCUCCUGUCUAGAGCAGGGGGAAGAGCCGUGGGUUCAAAGAUCCCUGGAGUUCAAGGACAAUUCUGGAGAGCUGCCUACAGCAGGGCUAAAGCUCAAAAAUGACACUGAAAAUCUUCAGCCUCUAUGUCUUUCUGACUUAGAAAUACAAGCACCAGUAGAUAUAGCAUCAAAAAAGGCCAGAUUGAAAGUCCCCCAGAAAACAAUGGGCAAAGAAAAUCAUGGUGAUAUGCAUAGGGUGGGGAAAUGGCACCGAGAUUUUCCAGUGAAGAAAAAAAAGAAACUUUCAACGUGGAAACAAGAGCUGCUGAAACUUAUGGACCUUCACAAAAAAGAACGUGCAGGAGAGAAGCCUUUUAAAUGCCAGGAAUGUGGGAAAAGCUUCAGAGUUAGCUCUGACCUUAUUAAGCACCAAAGAAUUCACACUGAAGAGAAACCGUAUAAAUGUCAGCAGUGUGAUAAGAGGUUUAGGUGGAGUUCAGAUCUUAAUAAGCACUUAACAACACACCAAGGAAUAAAACCAUAUAAAUGCUCAUGGUGUGGGAAAAGCUUCAGUCAAAAUACAAAUCUCCACACACACCAAAGAACUCACACUGGAGAGAAGCCCUUUACAUGUCAUGAAUGUGGAAAAAAAUUCAGUCAAAAUUCUCACCUUAUUAAACACCGGAGAACUCACACAGGUGAGCAGCCUUAUACCUGUAGCACAUGCAGGAGAAACUUCAGCAGACGCUCAAGCCUUCUUAGGCACCAGAAACUCCACCAGUAAAGGGAAGCUCGUUCAGUGUCCUCAGUCUGAAGAAAUUCACCAAGUGGAGCUUGACCUUAAAGUUAUGAAAAGUACAAAAUUAUGAAGCAUGAAGAAUUUUUCAUCAGUGGAAUUUUUCAUCAGGAAACUUUGGGAAAUAAACAUGUUUCACAGAAGGAAUCAAGGUUGAGUCUGCAGGGAAUGUGUUAGUAGUUGUACUACUUGCUGUUUUGACUAAAAACUUUCAGGGAAUUCCUUAGCAGGAGAGGUGUUCUAAGAACAUUCAGAGUAAAGAGAAAAGCUGUUUUCGGAUUGUAUUUGGCAAAAUAGCAAAUUCAGCUUCAAAUAGUGGAUGCAGCCAUGAAUUCUUCUGUGGUCACAGAGGUGAAUAUUGUUGGUUUGCAUUGAUUUCCCCAGCCACUCUUCAACAUACAUGUUAGAAACAUUUGUAGCAUGGUCUUCCAAAACAAGCAAUAAUAUGAUGUUUAACUGCAUACCAUUGUCUUCCAGGUUUACCAAUUUCAGUAGUCUCAUGGGCAGAAAUGAAUUCUAAUGUAAAAUUUUUGAAGAACCAAAUUGGAUUUUCUUAACUGUCCCAUCAUCGGGUACUGUUCACAAAUUUGGACAUUGUUUGAGUUCCUUUUUUAACUUUUUAGCAAGUUCAGCUCUUGAAUACUAUUAGUACAGUUUUUACUGUGAUGAAAUUAUAUUUACUUCACCAAUAGGGAAUCUGCCCAGGUGAACUAAUCACUAUUGUAUGCCUGUCUGGUGUUGGAUGGAAAAGGGAGAACACCUCUAAGGAGAUAAUAUGGAAACGGGUUGGAAUCUUUAGCCAUGUAAAGAAUAAUUUUCUCGAGUAAAGGAAACUAGACUGUUUACUUACAUCACAAUAUCAAUAGGAUAGAACAGCCAUGAAAAUGAGCACUUUUCCAAGGUCUAAAUGGAAAUUAAUGGCAAUUCAGGAUCACCUCAGGUUUUUAUCUGUUUGCAUUUUAACUUGGCUUUUGUAUGUCAUUAAGAACAAGGAGAGGGUUAUAUUUGUAUGGGAACUGGAGUGUUUACUGCACCAGGAUCCUAUGGGUCACAGGGCAUGUUAACUCUGGGAAUCCAGUGAGCAGGAGACCAGUUCCCAAAAGCAAAGAUUUGGGAGAGGAUGCUGAGUGGUAGGCAAGGACAGACAAAUACACAUCUAUGUUGGUUGACUUACACUGUAACUGUUAAACAGAAAGGGUCAUCCUUCUGUUUUCUCCAUCAUAUCAUGUAACAGCCUUAGUGUACACAUUUGAUAGAUUGCUGAAAAUCUCUGUGGGCUGUGGAUUUUCUUGUAGCUCCACCUUUUAUCUACAACAGUGAUGCAGGUGUGUUCCUGAUAGAGCAUCUAGGUGUAAUCAGGAAAGGAGUUAAACAAGGAAAUAAGAGAUCCAGAGGCUUGUUAAGACCCCAUAGCUAGUGGGUCUGUUGGCUGUCACUUAGCUGCAUCAGUCAGGCCUGAGGGCAGGAUUAGCAGGACUGAUCUGUAUGUUGUCCCUGCCCAGCCAGCCUGGAUGACAUUGUAUUGUAUCUAUUUCUAUUUCUAGCUUGUAAAACAUUCCUGUUUCUUGAUUGGUUACUGAAACACUCUUAAAUCUCCAGUUUCCAUAUGAAAUAGAGAUAACAGUCAACUCAGGGUUCUUUUGGGGAUUAGAGGGGUUGAUGAAGGAAAAUCACCUAACGGCCUGGGAAAUAGCAGGGUCUCAGUCAGCGUGCAUGUCCUUCCCUUUCCCCUGGUCCCCAGUGGUAUGUUGGGUGGACUGACUACAUUAAAGGAGCAGAUGCAUUUGUGGCUGUUGCAGCUCCUUCCAGGAGCUGAGCACUCGUGGUGGUGGUUUGCUCUGUUGAUUUGGUCCUUGGCUUCAGUGCUUUAUGGUGUAAGUCACCUGAGGUUUUGGUCUGCCGCUGUCAGCAGGAUUUCGUUUUCUUCUCUAAGAUGAACUGUACCAGUAUACCAGUGUGCUUAUUUCUUAAGCUCGGCCAGCUCUGAAGCUCUGGUCUGCAUAGAUCUUACCCAACAGUCUCAGCCUUACACCCCUGGGACUCUGUUUCUUCUCCCAAGAUAUACAUGUGGAUUUCUUGCUGACACUACAUUCAUUCAUUCAAUUUAAUGAAGGCCUAUUAUGUGCCCAGGUAGUCUUUUAAACUAAGGAUAUAGUAGUGGACAAGGAGACAAAAUGCAUAUCCUCAUGGAGCUUGUAUCUUAGUGAACAGUAAGAAGGGAGUGGUUAGACUUUUUUCUCCUUGCAGUUAGACAGCAUCCUGAGAUAGUUUUGAGCAGUGGGUUGUGUGCAGAACUCUCACUUCUCAGCUUAAGCAUUUAUUUUUUGGUGCAGGACUCUCUAGUGCUGUCUUUUCCUGCCUCAGUCAUAUAAGCACAUAGAGAGGGGUCACAAGUCAGAACAGUCUGGAAUGCCGAGCCCCCAACAUUGGGUAGGGGUAUCUGUUCCAGAGAGUCUUCCAGACCUAUAAUGGACUUUGUAGGAAUAAGAAAUAAACUUUUGUUGCGUUAAAUCACUGGGAUGUUGGUGCUGUGUGUUCUGCAGCAUAACCUGGCCUGUCUUGUUGGAAAUGCUAGAACAGAUCCAGCACUUGCUGGAUGACAUAUGUAACCCAGUAGAUGUUGACAGUCUUCUUGAAAUAGGAGAGAUGUGAACCUUAGGAUGAAACUAACACCAUAGAAGGCAGAGCAGAGUGAUAAAUACUCAGGUUUUAGAGACACCACUGAGUGGUAGGAUCAAUAAUCACCUGACACCUAGAAUUGCCCAGGACUUUUUAGUGACAUAAAUCUAUACGUGUCCUCUUAUUGUUUAAACCAGAGUGAUUGGGUUUUCUGUUCAUUGUAACAGAAAUCAUUCUAAUACAUAGAACAAUACCUGAUUUAAGAUAAUAUAUGUAGGAGAGGAACAAUGUUCUUAUAUAUACCUAUUUAAAAGCUUUCAUUAUGGGGCUUCCCUGGUUGCACAGUGGUAAAGAAUCCACCUGCCAACGCAGGGGACACGCGUUCAAGCCCUGGUUGGGGAAGAUCCCACAUGCCGCGGAGCAGCUAAGCCUGAGCGCCACAACUACUGAAGCCAGCGUGCCUAGAGCCCAUGCUCCGCAACAAGAGAAGCUACUGCAAUGACAAGCUUGCGCAUCACAACAAAGAGUAGCCCCCGCUCCCUGCAACUAGAGAAAGCCUGCGAGCAGCAGUGCAGCCAAAUAUUAAUGAAUUAAUUAAUUUUUUAAAAACUCAUUACAGAAAUUAUCAACAUAUUUAAAAUGGAGAAAGUAGUGUGACAAGUCCCUAUAUAGGCUUUAACAAUUUUGCCAACUUUUGUCGUUUAUCCCCUCCAGUUUUUUUUUUCUGCAUCUAUUGAGAUGAUCAUAUGGUUUUUAUUCAUCCAUUUGAUAAUUUGGUGUGUCAUAUUGAUUGAUUUGCAUAUAUUGAACAAUUCUUGCAUCCCUGGGAUAAAUCUCACUUGAUCAUGGUGUAUGAUCCUUUCAGUGUGUUGUUGGAUUCUUUUUGCUAGUAUUUUGUUGGGGAUUUUUGCAUCUAUAUUCAUCAGUGAUAUUGGUCUGUAAUUUUCUUUUUUUGUAGUAUUUUUGUCUGGUUUUGGUAUCAGGGUGAUGGUGGCCUCAUAGAAUGAGUUUGGGAGUGUUCCUCUGCAGUGUUUUGGAAGAGUUUGAGAAGGAUGGGUGUUAGCUCUUCUUUAAAUGUUUGAUAGAAUUCACCUGUGACGCCAUCUGGUCCUGGACGUUUGUUUGUUGGAAGAUUUUUAAUCGCAGUUUCAAUUUCAUUACUUGUGAUUGGUCUGUUCAUAUUUUCUAUUUCUUCCUGGUUCAGUCUUGGAAGGUUAUACCUUUCUAAGAAUUUGUCCA